AGCCAGGUGUGGGUCUGAGUUCAGUGUGGUGGACAGGUAUCGUCCGCCUCUGCUGCUGCCCAGGCUCAACAUGGACAACAUAUCUAGUACUCAAGACUCUCUUAUGCCUAAAAGUUCUUGUUUGAAAAGUGAAUUUGAUGAUCAGCUGUUGUUUUUACCUGAAAAAUUAAGAGCAAGAUUACUUCCUUUCCAGAAGGAUGGUAUCACCUUUGCGUUGAAAAGAAAUGGCAGGUGUAUGGUUGCUGACGAAAUGGGUCUAGGAAAAACAAUUCAAGCAAUUGCCAUAGCUUAUUUUUACAAAAAUGAAUGGCCUCUUUUAAUAGUUGUUCCUUCAUCUCUGAGAUACCCUUGGACAGAGGAGAUUGAGAAAUGGAUUCCAGAACUAGGACCACAAGAGAUCAUUAUUAUUCAGAAUAAAACUGAUGUUGGGAGAAUAUCGACCAGUAAAGUGACAGUUUUAGGUUAUGGUCUAUUAACCACAGAUGCAAAGCUUCUGAUAGAUACUCUGUACAAACAGAAUUUUAAAGUCGUUAUAAUAGAUGAAUCACACUACAUGAAGUCCAGAAGUGCCUCCCGAAGCAAGAUUUUGUCGCCAUUAAUACAAAAUUCUAAAAGAGCCAUUCUUCUUACGGGGACUCCAGCUUUGGGAAGACCUGAAGAGCUUUUUAUGCAGAUUGAUGCACUUUCCCCAAAACAAUUUGGAACAUGGACUGAAUACGCAAAAAGAUACUGUAAUGCUCAUGUCAGGUAUUUUGGUAAAAGAGCUCAGUGGGACUGCAGAGGUGCAUCAAAUCUAGGUGAGCUUCAUCAUCUUUUAAAUAACGUCAUGAUCAGGAGAUUAAAGGCUGAAGUUUUAACCCAGCUACCCCCUAAAAUUAGACAACGUAUUCCAUUUGAUCUUCCAUCUGCAGCAGCUAAGGAACUGAAUACUAGCUUUGAAGAGUGGGAGAAAUUAAUGAGGGGUCCACAUUCAGGUGCCACCAAGACUGGUAACCACUUUUUUCAAGCCAUGGGGUUGAUGACCCGCAUGUUUAAACAAACAGCUAUUGCCAAGGCAGGUGCAGCAAAGGACUAUAUUAAAAUGAUGUUGCAGAAUGAUUCACUUAAAUUUCUAGUUUUCGCUCAUCAUUUAAGCAUGCUCCAAGCUUGUACGGAAGCAGCUAUAGAAAGCAAGGUUCGUUACAUUAGAAUAGAUGGAGGUGUUCCUUCUUCAGAAAGAAUAUAUCUGGUGAAUCAGUUUCAGAAGGAUCCUGAUACUCGAGUGGCUAUCCUAAGCAUUCAGGCUGCUGGCCAGGGUUUAACUUUCACUGCAGCGACUCAUGUCAUAUUUGCUGAGUUAUAUUGGGACCCAGGGCACAUAAAGCAAGCAGAAGACCGUGCUCACAGAAUUGGACAAUGCAAUUCUGUAAAUAUCCACUAUCUUAUUGCUAAUGGAACGCUGGACACUUUGAUGUGGGGGAUGUUGAACCGCAAGGCCAUUGUGACUGGUAGCACAUUGAAUGGUAGGAAAGAGAAACUAGAGGCAGAAGAAGGUGACAAAGAAAAGUGGGAUUUCCUGAAAUUUGCUGAAGCUUGGACUCCAAAUGAAAAUUUUGAAGAAAUGAAAAAUGAAGUUCUGUUCACCCAUUUUGAAAAAGAAAAACAGCACGAUAUUCGAGCCUUCUUUUUACCAAAACAUAAUAAGAAAAGACACACAAUGGCAUCCUGUGACGAAUCAGACGUACUACAGGAAAAAGAUACUGAGAUGGCCUUGGAUUGUAGAAAAUUAGCUACGAGGGAUGCCCUUGACUAUGGAAGUGAUUUUGAACCUGAAGCUAAAAGAUGGAAAUCAGUGGCCACUCAGAACAAUUCCUGUCAAAAAGAGAAAAGGCCAUCCUGGUCUAGUCCAACAAAUACUGAAUUUAUAAAAGAAGCAAUUCAGGAGACAAAGUCUAAUUCAAACAACAUAUUCCUCCCUGGAAAAAAUUGGCAGUGUGGUCUCUGCACCUAUGUUAAUAGUUCAUUAUUGCCUUAUUGUGAAAUGUGUGAGACCCCUCAAGGCAGUGCUGCACAUCUGAACAAGCAACAAAUAGAUGAUCCCAACUGGAUCCAGGAUGAAAAAGGAAAUCAAGUGAAUGAGUCCCAGAAAAGCAGCAUCUUGAAAGCUGAAACCAGUUCUUCUUGUGUGAAGCAAGUCCUUGAACAAUCAGCGAUAGAACAGCUUGUCGAAAGCAAAAGAGAAAAAGCUAAAAGCGAAAAUGAAGGUGAAGGAGAUGGACUAAAACCCCAAAAAGAACAGUUGAAGAAUUCAGACACUUUGCCUAUAUAUGAUGUCCUAAUGUUUUGUGCAAGUAAGAAUACAGACAGAAUUCACCUCUACACUAAGGAUGGCGAACAAAUGAACUGCAAUUUCAUUCCUUUGGAUAUAAAAUUAGACCUCUGGGAAGAUUUACCAGCAUGUUUUCAACUGAAACAAAACCGUUCCUUGAUUUUGAAGUUUGUGCGAGAAUGGAAUAGUCUCACAGCCAUGAAGCAAAGAAUCAUCAGGAGAAGUGGCCGUAUCUUUUGUAGCCCUAUUCUGACUUUGGAUGAAAUAACAAAGCAACAGACUAAACAAAAUAGUACCAAAAGAUACAUAACUAAAGAAGAUGUUGCAGCAGCUACUGUGAACAAAGUGCAGAAUGAUGGGGGCAGCAUCCGUGUGAUCACAAAGGAAUACAGGUUUUUCUCUAAAAACCAAAAUUCUUCUGCCUUUCUCUGAUUUCUUCAUUCUAGCCCAGUGCAAGAUGAUCUCACCACACAACCUUCUACAUCUAAGGGAUUUUUGCAGGCUGUGGAUAUUGAAGGAAACCCACUUUGUCUCCACUGUCAACAGCCUACUUGUCAAUCUGGCCAGCAGUACAAAAUGAGUGCUUGGGAUUCACGGUUUUGUUCUCAGAAAUGUCAGGAGGAAUUUUGGAUUCGAUCAAAUAACAGCUACCUACGUGCUAAAGUAUUUGAAAUUGAGCAUGGUAUAUGUCAGCUCUGCAAUCUGAAUGCCCAGGAACUCUUCCUUUCUCUCAGAGAUGCUCCUAAAAAUCAGCGGAAGAAUCUUCUGCAAACCACUUGGAUCUCAAAACUCUCCAUAGAACAGUUAAAUGAGAUGAUGAUAAACCCCGUAGAAGGGCAGUUCUGGCAGGUGGAUCACAUCCGACCAGUCUACAGUGGAGGAGGGCAGUGCUCUCUGGAAAACCUUCAGACUCUAUGUACAGUUUGUCAUAAGGAGAAAACUGCUAAACAAGCCAAAGAAAGAAGCCAGGAGAAAAGGAAAUCUUUAGCUUCAAAGCAUGGAUCCGACAUCACAAGAUUCUUCAUAAAGAAGUAGAAUGCAAACAUAUUUAGCUAGAGCAUAAAUGGAUCAAAUAUAAAAGAAUGGCACCUUAUGGAAUUUUUAAAAAUUUUUCAUUUUUACUCUUUUUAAAACUUAGAAAAGGUCAAUCAAGAAUUUUCAAGAUUUUCUCUGUCCCCAUGGCAUGAGCUACAUCAGUGUUACAGAAGGUUCACAACCAUUGUGUCAAGGCACACUCAAAGGAAGGAUUUUGCUGUAAGACACUGGAUCUGAUGCAGAAAUGUCACUGUCAUGCAGUGCUAAAUUCCCAUGAUCUUGGUUUCAUUCAGAAUUGCAUCCGUGUUUAGUGAGGUUUUUUUAACCUACCUUUUUUUUUAAAAAAAAAAUUGGAUCUUAAUUACUAUAUCACACGGAUUUUUUUUUAAAAAAAUCUACUUUGUUCCUUUUGAGCUGGUGCUAGGAUUCGUGUUGGCUUUGGAGCGUUCUGGCUAUCGAAAAACUUGUAGUCAAAAAAUACCUCUUGGCUGAUAUCAUACUUAUUUGAAAAUCCUGGGUCAUUCACUGAAAUUAUGCUGAGUAUGCAGGAAGAGACCCUUAUUUCCAAAAUGUCUCCAACUUGGUUUCUUACAUUAUGCAUUUUGGUUACCUUGCUUUAUCAACAAUAAAUACACAUUUGAAAAUAAGCUAAUGUAAAUACUAUAUUUAUGGACAACUUGGUGUUUCUAAGCAAAUAACUAUUUCAGAUUAAUAAAGUUAUUUCAAAAUUGACUUUCCAUUUAAAAAGGAACAUACUUUAAAGACUUCAUUUGAUUGGUUUCUGAAAUGUCUAAAAGCAAAAUUACCAUCAUUGAAAUAUUCUUCAGCAUCAAAUAGGUAAAUUUUUCAUCAUGUUUAAUUAGUUUAAAGUGAAAUUAAGCCAGAGGCCCAACAAGAAUCAUGAGGACCAGCUAAGAAGUCAGAGCUACCUAAAGAACAACUUAAAAGGAUUCAAUGAACAGUGGGGACCUUCUGAAAAACCAUAUGUCUAUUUGAUUAUGUACCAAACUAGCCUAAAGAUUUCUCAGUUUUUAUUGUCAUUCUUUGCAUUCUGCAAGAUAGUGAUAGAAAGGUGGCACAGGAUAAUAUUUCUAUACAUAACGCAUUCACUGGAUUAGCUUCGUGUUAUUUGAUAAAGUAGGUUGUGUUUCUUUGGGCCUCCUUUCCUUUUUUCUGUACGAGCUGUUGGCAGAAUUCUACCUCUAGUUGGAUAACUUCAAGGUUAAUGUAGGAUUUGGCGUAGUUGCUAUUUCAGCAACAUGAGAGACUAUAAUCAGAGCCCAGCAUGCUUUAUUUCCUGUAUCAUAGCAUGGUAGCAGGUUAGAGUUUGGUAGCUAUAGAACCCACCUGAAUAGUCUCUUGCUCUGUGGCUGUAAACUAAAACAUUAAUCAUAAGGGAAAGACAUAUGAAUUUAGGAAGUGGAACAGAUUGAGAUGAAAUGAGCCAAGAGCAUCUCCCUUCAUGCCAGGUUUCAAAAAUGUUGACCAUUCAAAAAGUUUUACAAGAUUAAAUGACAUCCACAAGCAUCUACAUGCAAGAUGUUUAGAAGCCCGUAGUCUUCCUGUCAUUUACAACUUAUCUUGAAUGAUAGAGUGACAUCUUUUUCCAGAGUGAUGUAUUUAGCCUUCUAAAGCAUAUUGAGGUUAAGGUUUUUGAGGCAGAAAUCCAAGAGUUUAAAUAGAUCUGAUAUCAAAUGCUUCAGACUAAAGAUCUCUGCAGGCGAGUUUUUAGAAAUUGUUCUUUCUCAAGGGCACUUGCAAAAUGGAGCUAUCAACUAAAGAAAAAAAUGGAGGUCUGGACCAAAGUACAAGGAGGGUCGCCAACCCAAACAAUGCAGUUCUCCAACAACAACAGUAGUCCAGAGUAAGUCCUCAGAGAAAUAGAGUGGCUACAGUGUAAGAAAUCCAUAGUGAGUGGAAAUUGAUGACUGAGAAAAACGGUUCUCCAAAUCUGAAAAGACAUAGGAAGGUUAUCCAGUCUGAAUUAUCCUCCCCAAACUAAAAUAAUACAGUGAUUAAAUUGGGAAUUUUCAUGCUGGGAAUGAAUCAAAGAUUUCCUGUAUUAUAACCAAGAACUGUAAUUAUGUUGUUAGAUGGAAUUACAUAGAGCCUUGGUGGUAGAGCUCUUAAAUAUUUUCAUUACUUCAAAAUGAGGUUUAUGUCACAGGAUCUCAACCAGGUCCAGACGAAAAAAUAUUAAUACCAGGUAUCAAUGUAUCUUUUCUUGCAUUAACCCAGUUCAUGUUAUAUUUAGUAACACAGGUCUAUAAACAGACUGGUAACAAAUGAAGAUGCCGUGGCAGACACAUUCAUUCGGAAUUUAAAAAGAAAAAACUCACUCAACAGUCAUUGCAAUUAAAUGUGUAUUUCUCAGGUUUUUCUGUUAAUAGCAUUCAACUUUUAGCACUUCUUCCCCCUCCCCUGCCCCCAUCAAUGUGGAUGGCACAGGUUUUUCUGCUUGUUUCAUGUUAAUAAAUUGGAUUUCCUCAUA